AAAACACAUGAAAGUCCAUGUCGACAUGGACGGAGCAGCAGAGGAGACCUGAUUCAAAGAUGGUCAGUGUUUGUGGUUCAUGUCUCUGAAUGACUGAAGUCCAGAAGAUGGAUGAUUGUGUGGAGGAAGAGGAGGAGAGACCAGAGUCUCCAGGAUCCAUCAGUGUCUCAGAACCUGGACCCUCAGACACAGAGAAGAGGAGAGGAGUUGGUGUGGAGGAGCGGCCGUCCUGCUGUCCUUUGUGUCAGGAUGUCCUGAAGGAUCCAGUCUCCAGCAGCUGUGGACACUGGUUCUGCAGACGCUGCAUGAGCUCAUACUGGGACCAGUCUGCUCCAGCAGGACCGUCCUCCUGUCCCCAGUGUGGAAAAACAUUCAGAACCAGAGCUGGACUGCAGACAGCCAGUCAGAUCAGAACUGUACGAGUAGAUGCUGGUCUGCAGGAGGUCCGAGAUGAACACAAGACCAGUCUGAGGAGGAGAUGUGAACAUGUGACUGAAGGAAUUGAUGAAACAGGAAGUGGAACCCCCCUCAACAGGAUCUACACAGAGCUCUUCAUCACAGAGGGAUUGAGUGAAGAGGUUGAUACCCAACAUGAGGUGUGGCAGCUAGAAACAGCUUCCAGGAUGAAGAGCCUCCAUGACACUCCAAUCAGGUGCCAGGACAUCUUUAAAGCCUUACCUGGCCAACGUGGAGCCAUCAGAGUGGUUCUGACGAACGGCGUCGCUGGCGCUGGGAAAACCUUCUCGGUUCAGAAGUUCUCUCUGGACUGGGCCGAGGGCUGGGAGAACCAAGACGUCACCGUGGUGAUUCUGCUCUCGUUCAGGGAGCUGCACCUGAUCGGAGAUGAGCAGCUCAGUCUUCUCAGGCUGAUCCAGGUUUUCCAUCCAUCGUUACAGAAGCUCACAGCAGAGCAGCUGGCUGCCGGGAAACCGUUGUUCAUCUUUGACGGCCUGGAUGAAAGCAGACGUUCACUGGACUUCAAUAACGGUCCGGUCGUGUCUGACGUCACACAGAGCUCAUCGGUCAACGUGCUGCUGACCAACCUCAUCCAGGGGAACCUGCUUCCCUCAGCUCUCAUCUGGAUCACUUCCAGACCUGCAGCAGCCAAUCAGAUCCCUCACAAACACGUGGACAGGGUGACAGAAGUACGAGGCUUCACCGACGGCCAGAAGGAGGAAUACUUCAGGAGGAGGUUCAGGGAUGAAGAGCGGUCCAGCAGCAUCGUCUCCCACAUGAAGACAUCCAGAACCCUCCACAUCAUGUGUCAACUCCCGGUCUUCUGCUGGAUCACUGCUACAGUUCUGGACCACAUGUUGACCACAGAGCAGAGAGGAGAGCUGCCCAAGACCCUGACUGACAUGUUCUCCCACUUCCUGCUGGUCCAGACCAAGUGGAAGAAGAACAAGUACCAGGAGGGACAUGAGACAAGUCCACAGGAGCUGACCAAGGCUGACAGGGACCUUCUCCUGAAGCUGGGGAGGCUGGCGUUUCAACAUCUGGAGAAAGGAAACAUCAUGUUCUACCAAGAAGACCUGGAGCAGUGUGGUCUUGAUGUCCCAGAGGCCUCGGUGUACUCAGGAGUUUGUACCCAGAUCUUCAGGAGAGAGAGUGAGGUCUUCCAGAAACCCGUCUACUGCUUUGUUCAUCUGAGCAUCCAGGAGUUCCUGGCUGCAGUGUACCUGCUCCACUGUUGGUCCAACGGAAACAAAGGUGUGCUGAAAAACUUCCUGGGAGGAGACUACACAUACUCAUCUCUGGAUGACUUCCUGAAGAGAGUCAUGCAGAAAUCCCUGAAGAGUAAAAAUGGCCACCUGGACCUGUUUGUCCGCUUCCUUCAUGGUCUUUCUGUGGAGUCCAACCAGAGACUGUUAGGAGGUCUGCUGAACCAGAGGAAGAACCGUCCAGAAACCAUCCAGACAGUCAUCAACAACCUGAAGAAGAUGAACACUGAUGAAAUGUCUCCUGACAGAAGCAUCAACAUGUUCCAGUGUCUGAUGGAGAUGAACGACCUCUCAGUUCAUCAGCAAAUCCAAGAGUUCCUGAAGUCAGAGAACAGAUCAGAGCAGGAACUCUCUGAGAUCCAGUGUUCAGCUCUGGCCUACAUGCUGCAGAUGUCAGAGGAGGUUCUGGAUGAGUUGGACCUGAGCAAGUACAAGACACCAUGGGGUGGACAUAGACUGAUUCCAGCUGUGAGGAACUGCAGAAAGGCUCGAUUUGUUAAUUGUUGGCUCUCAGAGACUCACUGUGAAGUUGUUGCGUCCGCUCUGAAGUCCAACCCCUCCCAUCUGACAGAACUGGACCUGAGUCAGAACCAGGACCUGCAGGAUACAGGAGUGAAGCUUCUGUCUGGUGGACUGGAGAGUCCAAACUGUAGACUGGAGACUCUGAGAUUGCAGGACUGCAGGAUGUCAGAGAUCAGCGGUUCUUCUCUGGGCUCAGCUCUGGAGUCCAACCCAUCCCAUCUGAAACAUCUGGACCUGAGUUUGAACGAGCUGCAGGAUUCAGGAGUGAAACCUCUGGGUGGUUUCCUGGAGAGUCCAGACUGCAGACUGGAGACUCUGAGGUUGGAGGGCUGCGUGUUGUCAGAGACCAGCUGUUCUUCUCUGGUCUCAGCUCUGAAGUCCAACCCCUCCCAUCUGAAACAUCUGGACCUGAGCAGGAACGACCUGUAUGAUUCAGGAGUGAAACAUCUGUGUGGUUUCCUGGAGAGUCCAGACUGCAGACUGGAGACUCUGAGCUUGCAGUGCUGCGGUCUGUCAGGGAUCAGCUGUUCUUCUCUGGUCUCAGCUCUGAAGUCCAACCCCUCCCAUCUGAAACAUCUGGACCUGAGAUUCAACUACAAGCUGCAGGCUGCAGAUGUGGAGCAGCUGUCUGGUCUGGUGGAGAGUCCAGACUACCAGCUGCAGACUCUCAGGUGGGAGCGCUGCAGUUUGUCAGAGAUCAGAUGUGAUGAUCUGGUCUCAGUUCUGGAGUCCAACCCGUCUGAUCUGGAACAUCUGGACCUGAGUGAGAAGAAGCUGAAGGAUUCAGAUGUGAAGCAGCUGUGUGGUUUCCUGGCUGGUCCAGACUGCAGACUGGAGACUCUGAGGUUGGAGGACUGCUGGAUGUCAGGGAUCAGCUGUUCUUCUCUGGUCUCAGCUCUGAAGUCCAACCCCUCCCACCUGAAACAUCUGAAACACCUGGACCUGACUGACAACAACCUGGAGGAUUCAGGAGUGAAACAUCUGUGUGGUUUCCUGGAGAGUCCAGACUGCAGACUGGAGACUCUGAGGUUGGAGUGCUGUAGGUUGUCAGGGACCAGCUGUUUUUCUCUGGUCUCAGCUCUGAAGUCCAACCCCUCCCAUCUGAAACAUCUGGACCUGAGCAGGAACGACCUGCAGGAUUCAGGAGUGAAACAUCUGUGUGGUUUCCUGGAGAGUCCAGACUGCAGACUGGAGACUCUGAGCUUGCAGUGCUGCGGUCUGUCAGGGAUCAGCUGUUCUUCUCUGGUCUCAGCUUUGAAGUCCAACCCCUCCCAUCUGAAACUUCUGGACCUGAGUUACAACAACAACCUGAAGGAUUCAGAUGUGGAGCAGCUGUCUGAUCUGCUGCAGAGUCCACACUACCAGCUGCAGACUCUCAGACGUCUGGGGUUGAAUGGUGCCCACAGUUCCCAGAAUGACAGAGAGACUUGA